AUGGCAACGAGAAGGCUGCAAUUUGAUGAAGUAGGAAAGAAUAGAUGUGUUCCAGAGAUGAACGAAGAGGGUGUCACUGUUGAAGAGGCGACAAGAUGCAAUAUAGGGAUGCAACAGGUUGACACUCCAUGCUGCAACUUUGUCGAUAGUUUACUGGUUGGUGAAAAUCAAGGAAUCCAGGGGAAUGGUCAAGAAGGAUGUAGCAUAACUUUGUUCUCACCGCCUGCAACUGUUGACCCAUCAGUGAUUGUGACACCAGUCGAUGAGCAUAAAUACAGCCAUAAAGAAGACUUGGACCAAGCUUUGAUUCCUAGAAUGGGUAUGUGCUUCAAAACAGAGGAUGAAGCACAUAAAUUCUACUGUAAAUAUGUUGAGAAGGCAGGUUUCCAGCCAAAGAAGGCUAACAAAACAGAUUAUACUAGGUACUUAAGGUGCAAUAAUUAUGGAAUAGGUAAAUACUACAAGGGGAACGAGGCAAAACGCGUCAGGGGCAAGACAACAAAGAAGACAUCAUGCCUGGCAUUCAUCAAGCUAAAGUUUAGACGCGACAAAGAAAAUAGUGAAGAAUUUGUAGAGAUUACAGAUGUCAGACUGAACCAUAACCACGUGUUGCUCCCAAAACCUACAGAAACAAAACAGAUGAGGGCGCACAAACCAAGAUUCAGCAAUGAAGCAUCAAUCAAGGAGUUUCUAGGGAUAACUCACAAAAUAUGCAGGUGGCAUGUAGUCAACAAGCUAUCAGCGAACCGGAAUGAAUUGUAUAGCAUGUAUGAGAAAGAAGACUUCAAGGAAAAAUUUAAUUCUGUGCUAAACCAUCCACUAACACGAGGAGAGUUCGAGGAGGCAUGGAAGGAACUAAUAACAGAAUUUAAACUAGAAGAAAAUAGUGCACUUCAGAGCCUUUAUGAUCAACGCAGCAGGUAUAUCCCAACGUAUUUCAAAGGUGAAUACUGUGGAAGAAUGGCUUCUACACAGCGCAGCGAGAGCACUAAUUUUAUUAUGAAGAAGUGUUUUGUGGGAAAGAAAACAGCAUUCCACCGGUUUGCGAAGCACGUGCUGAAUUUUGUACAUACAAGGAAGAUGAAGGAAUCUGCGGAGACUUACCAAGGAACGAGCAAGACGCUUAUGAAGAGCAAAUGGCAAUUCGGGAUACAAAUGGGAAGAAUUUACAAUAGAAAUGUGUUUAAAGACUUUGAGAAGAAAAUAGUAGACUGCACUGCAUAUAAGAUUGAGGACAAUACUGAAGCGGGAAGAAAUUGCUACCUAGUAUGUCACACAAACAAGACUGCGAAGAUAACAUGGGGGCAACACAAAUUUAAAGUACGGGCAGACAAAGAGAACGAUGAUUUCAGCUGCGAGUGCAGGGAGUGGGAACACACAGUCAUAAGGAUGUUGAAAUCAUACCAUGUAGACCUAUUUUGCGUGCAUCUGCUGCGGACCUUCAUUCACAUUCAAGUUGAUAAAAUACCUGUGAAGUACAUUUUUAAGCGAUACACCAAGUUUGCAAGAAAUGAAUUGGCAUUUAGCAGGGAAGACAAGCUUUUGACAGGAGCCGAUGGCAACACAACAAGCUAUAGAACAAAGUUGCUACUGACCAAGAGCACAAAAGUUGUGCAAGCAGACGUCCCGCAUGACAUUGGGCCAAAUUCAAAUGCAACAGGAAGGAAUACAACUGGACAGGAAACAUUUAGGCAAGAUGAUAGGGAGAGGGGGGGCCAGCAUGAUGUGUGGGGGCACGGAGAGGGUACACAGGGGAGCAGGCAAACAAAUAAUGCACUUGGCACAGUAAUUGACACAUGUCAUGAUCAUGUUGAUAGAGCAGCAGCAAAGGAGACGGGGAUUUCAAUGGAUCGACCACCUCAAGCAAAGACAAAGGUAUGUUGCAAGACAUCAUCAGAAAAGAAUGAAGUCACUCUUGGAGCACAAGGCGAGAAGAAGGGAAACAGAAGAUGCAGCGUUUGUCACCUCUAUUCAACACAUAACUCAGUGACAUGCCCAACGUUGGAAAAGAAUAAAGACUGCCUUGAAGCGAAAAAGAAUAAAAAGAGGGGCAGACCUGCAGGAGCAAAGAACAAGAAAAACAAGUCUGGUCAUGGAAAUGAUAGGAACAUGCAGGAGGAAAGGCUGAUGGAAAGGAGGCGGCUGUUGGAAGACCGUUCUUACAUAGAAAUUCGUGGGAAUUCAGAUGAUGAUGAUGAAAAUGUUGAUGAAGCUGACCUAGUUUGA